AUGUUUGUAGUACUCCACAACGAACUUACAAUAACUCAACAAUUGGUUAUACCGAAGCAUAAGGAAACUGUGCAUAAGGCCAAAUGUAAAAAUAUCAAAUGUCCGCCGACGGAAGAUCCGGUGUGUGUAAAAAUUAAAAAUGAGAAAAAUAAACAAAUUACUUUUAUCGUAGCAAUAAAUAAAUGUGAAAUACAAUACGCAAAGUGUCGUCAAGACAGACAACCGGAUUAUGCUGUAUUUCUUUCUAAAAAAGAUGCUGAGGCAAAUGAUAAUGAUAAAGAAAGAGUACCAAACUUUGCUGUAUUUGUCAAUAAAAAUGGCGGCGGCGAUAACGCGAAAGAAGAAGAUCCAAAAAUAGCUGAAGAUAAAAAUACUGCUGAUUUAACUCGAGAUGAUGAAAAAAAUGAACCUAAUGAAGAAAUUAAUGAGGAAGAUGUGGUUGGAGAUAAUGAAGAGGCUGUGGAGGGAGACAAUCAAGAGGCUGAGGAGGUAGAUAGAGAAGAGGCUAUGGAGGGAGGUGAUGAAGAGGAUGUGGAGGAAAUUAAUCAAGAGGAUGUGGAGGCAGAUAGAGAAGAUGCUAUGGAGGGAGGUAAUGAAGAGGCCGUGGAAGGAGAUAAUCAAGAGGAUGUGGAGGAAGACAAUGAAGAGGCUAUGGAGGAUGAUAAUGAGGAAGCUGUGGAGGGCGAUAACGAGGAAGCUGUGGAGGGAGAAAACGAAAUUAAUGUUGAGGAAGACAAAGUGGAUGACGAACAGAGAGAUGAGGAACACCAAGAUAAAGCUGAUAUUAUUGGCAAAAACCUAUUAAAUACGUAUGAUGAUGACGAACCACAAGAAGGGGGAGGUGAGAGUCGUGACAAAGAGGAUAACGAAAAUGAAAGCGAAAAGAGUAAAGAUAUAAGUAACCUGGCUGCUGAUUACGAUCAAAUAACCGAAAAUGUGGACUUCGAUCAAAACGAAAAAGAUUGCCCGUCUGCUUGUGCGGCUCGGGACGUGAUGGUCUGCGCGAAGUGCCAACAUAACAUCUACCGGACAUUUAUGAGUACGUGUCAUCUCCGACUGUUCAACUGCAAAUAUCCUGACGAAAGUUUGGAACUGAUAAGUAGACAACCCUGUAUGCAAUCGGCGCCAUUUUUAACCGACUUACCUGGAGCUCAGGGUAGAAUAUCAGAGCCAGGGGAUCAAGACAACGUGCUCAAAUUUAUACAUUGCCGAGACAAAGGAAAAUUAGAUGAUCCAAGAUGCAGCUUCGAUAGAUAA